ACGUGCAUUCCCAUUCCGUCCGCUGCAUCCCUACUCGUGCGUUCUGUUCUGUCUGCUCUCGCCCCCUCUCGCUCUCCGACGACUGGCGGGCCGCUGCCUCCGCCCUAGGCCAGGUGCUGAGGCUUUAGUUGGUCUCUUCGCCGGCGUCGAGCACCCACCAGCUUGAAGGGGCUGCCAAGAUGAUCGGUGUUGGGAAGGCGAAGCAGUACGCCAACGUCCUUGACAAGCCCCUCAGCCGUGGCAGGCAGGAGGUCAGUUUGAGUGCAUUUGCAUUCUUGUUCUCUGAGUUGGUUCAGUACAACCAGACUCAAGUUGACAACAUUACUGAGCUGGAACGGAGGCUGGAGGAUGCUGGUUAUGCGGUUGGUGCAAGGGUGCUUGAAUUACUCUGUCACAGGGAGAAGGGAAAUAGACGAGAGACACGACUUCUGGGUAUUUUAUCAUUCAUCCACAGUACUGUUUGGAAAGUGUUGUUUGGGAAGGUGGCUGACUCACUUGAGAAGGGAACAGAACAUGAGGAUGAAUACAUGAUCAGUGAAAAGGAGCUUCUUGUUAACCGUUUCAUUUCCGUGCCAAAAGACAUGGGAGCAUUCAACUGUGGAGCUUUUGUUGCGGGAAUUGUAAAGGGUGUAUUAGAAAAUGCUGGCUUUCCUGCUGUAGUUACUGCACAUUUUGUUCCAAUUGAAGGACAGCAAAGGCCAAGGACGACAAUCCUGAUAAAGUUUGCUGAAGAGGUUUUACACAGAGAAGCAAGACUUGGCUGAGGUUUAUGUAUGUACACAAAACCUUUGACUAGCCUAUUUGUAAGGUGGAUUGUUACUGGAUAGUUUGGUAAUUUCUUGUAUUUGAUUUAUGUAUUAGAGGUGUAGCGUUUGGGGGUGUAACUUACUUUUUUCAUGAGAAUCAAUUGCAAAAGCGAUCUCAAGUAUGGCCUAAGUUAAGAGGCUAUGCAUCCCUGCAUACGGUUUGUUGUUUUCAAAGUUGAUUUUGAACCUCAACUUUUAUUAAAAAAAAGAUAUGGAUGAA